UAUUUUAGAUUCUGUAAGAAAACUACUGAUAAAAAAAAGAAUGUAGCAUACUCCUUCCUACAGGAGAACUGUGGGUGGCGCUGUUGGUGAGCGUAGUGGCGUGGGGUGUGACCCUGUGGUUAAUACAUAGGGCGUGGCGAUGGUUUGCGGGAGGUCGUGGUGUGAAGUUCACCACCGCAUUCCUGUACGGCUGGGGCGCGCUUCUGGAGCGGCCACCCUCCAACCCCUCCGUCAGCGACUCAGGAAAAGUGCUGGUGGGGUGGUGGCUGGUGUUCUGUGUCGUCAUGAUCACAGGGUUUCGUUCGUCAUUAAUCUCACACCUGACAGUCCAAGGGAGGACCCAGUCUCCAGAAACAUUUGAGGAUCUGUUGGAUAGAAGCAACUGGAAGUGGGGUAUAGACUCUUGGUUGAUGGGAGGAAUGCCAAAGGAAUAUUUCACAAGACAUACUGACCCUGUCGUGCAGGAGAUAAAUGGAAAAAUGGAGCCUGUAACAACGGCGGGGGGACUGCAGAAGGUGAAAGAGGGGAGCUACUCAUUCUUCAGUGCUAAAUACCACAUCACCGUCAUCAUUGACUCCAAGUACACCAACAGCUACGGCCAAACACCCUUCUACAUCAGCAAGCGUGGAAUAAAAGUACUAGCUGCCUUUGGGUGGUCAUUCAGGAAGGGAGCACCAUAUUACCAGCGUUUCCAACAGCUCCUGUCUAGGUUAAAAGAUACCGGCAUUGCUCACUACUGGAUUGAAGACGUAUUAGCCAGGCGCGUGAGAGAGAACAGGGCAGCUGCACUACUGGACACUCGGACAAUCCUGGGAUAA